AUGUCUAAGAGAGUGAAUGGCUCGUGGAUGGGGUCUAUCUCUGUCCCGUCCUCUGUCCCUCAUGCCUUUCGCUCACAACUCUCUUCAUCUGCUGACCUCAGCAUAGCCAUCUUACUCAUCAUCACAGGCGUGGUGUCGGUGGUCGGGAAUGGGCUGGUUUUGUUGGUUUACGGUCAGAGGAGAAAGAAGCUCAGAGCGCACGAGCUGAUGACCAUCAAUCUGGCCGUUUGUGAUUUUGGCUACAGCCUGCUGGGUGCGCCAUGUAUCAUCAUCUCAAGUCUGUCGCAUGCAUGGAUUUUUGGGGAAACAGGUUGUAUGUGGUACGGGUUUCAGGGCUUCGUUUUUGGCAUUGGGUCUCUCAUCACUACCUGCCUUAUCUCCCUUGACCGCUGCUUCAAGAUCUGUAGCUUUCGAUAUGGUCAGUGGAUUGAGAGAAAACAUGCGUCUCUGUCAGUGGCUCUGGUGUGGAUCUAUACAUUAUUCUGGGCCUCACUUCCUGUGAUUGGUUUUGGUAGUUACGGCCCGGAACCGUUUGGAACCAGCUGCACCAUUAACUGGUGGAGAAUGAAGUCUUCACUUAAUGACAGAGUCUAUAUUUACCUGAUUCUGUCACUUUGCUUUGGAGUUCCCACGUUCACUAUCAUCACUUCAUACCUCGCUAUCCUCAUCAAGGUGUAUUGGUCUAGACGGAUAUUAGCUUCAAUCCCUUUAUCCAGUGUCACUCACAACAGCAAAGAUCUCCGGCUGACAAAGAUAGCAGCAGUGGUGUGUUCCUCAUUUCUGAUUGCCUGGACUCCCUAUGCGAUUGUUUCCCUCUACUCCGCUUUGACUGCCAGAGAGGAGCACACUGGAGAAGACGGAGGAACCGCUCUCACGGCUGGAAUGUCAGCAGCAGGGCUCGGCCAUGGCGGAGGGUUGUCUGACAUCUUUGGUUUUCCCUUCCUCUUUAACUGGACCUCUUCAGAACACCUCGGCGAUGAUUUUGGCACCUGGAGGAAUAUGACUUCAGAUCAUUCCCAACAUUCAGUAGGGCAUCAUGGAUCAAGUUCAACUGUGGGUUCUGCACAAGGAGGAAUGAAUGAACAUCAGUCACAUCUUGUGUCCAUCCUGAAGCCAGAGGUCUCACUCGUCCCAGCUAUUUUUGCCAAGUCACACUGCAUGAUAAACCCCUUCAUCUACCAGAUCAUGAACCGCGACUUCAGGGAGGACGUCUAUGAUCUCCUGUGCUUGAGAGGAAAAGAUGGAGAGAGGAGGAGAACAAGGAGCACAGACGCCAAUGUUUCUGAUGGAUAUCGUGGAAGCGUCACUCUCUCUUAUAUUCACAGCUGGAGAAGAAGAAGCACACCUACCAGUCAGUCGUCUGGAGAACGUGUGAAAAAAGAUUUGUCACAGAAGAGUAGAGGGAGUAGAGGUCAGAGAGGGUCCUGUCUGGACAGUGCAGCAGUCGGGUGGGCAACCUUGGAUACUACAACCUUAGAUACGCAGGCCAACUUAGAAAGAGAGAGAGGGAAGGAGGUGGAAAGAGAGGUGAAAAAAGAAUUUAGAGAACCCACCUCUAACAGCUUGUUGUCAGAUGAGGAGUGACAGCAUCAGCAGUUCAUAAUGCAGCUAGUUAGCUCAAAAUAUCUGUUGUUUUAGUUAAUAAACAGUGUUGUUUUUUUCCAUUAGUGUCAUCCAGUGUGUGAUUUUACACACUAUUUUGCACCUAUCAAGUCUCACACUGGUACUUUGACACGAGGCUCUUGUUAGGAUUUUCAUAUUGAUUAUGCCCUUUGUAUAUUUAUGACUUGAUCCUGUGUAUUUAUUUAUUUAUUUAUUUAUUAAUCUCUUUUGCAUCUAAACAAUUUGUUGAUUUACUUAUUGCAUUUAUGAGUGCACUAUCCAGUCCAAAGUAUUUUAACCUUUGUGUGGUGUUCAUAUUUUUGUUAUUCAGCCAGGGUUUGUGGGAUUGGUGGACACGCUGCAUUUUGGGGUUUUUAAUUUAACACAAUUAAAAAAAAUAUGUUUAAAUACUCAACAGAUGUUUACUUCAUCCCAAUUACAAGCAAUAUAAACAGUAUAUAUGGUUGAUAUUUGACCUUUACAUUUGUUAGAUCGCAUUUAUGAAUUAAUUUGCUACAACCUUCUGUAGGAAUUGCAGGGGCAGAAACACAAAACUCACACUUACACUCACACUGUCACAAACUCUCUCUCCCACACACACACACACACACACACACACACACACACACACACACACACACACACAUAAACACACAUGCCCAUACUAAAAGCAGGCCCAGACAGUAGGAGGACAAAGUACACAAGACCUAAAAUUUCCACACUUUUAUUACCCCCGGGUCCAGUGGACCCGAACAUCCUAUGUAGCCUAAUAUAAAUGUGUAGGCGGGGUGUACAGUGAGUGGUCAUUGAAAAUUUGUUCUGAUAUAUCUUCUUCACAGAAAAUGAGCCAAGGCCAAUGAGAAUGAGUUUGAAAAAAUAAUUAAGCAUAUAAUUUAUUUUGACAAAAAGUGAAAACAGGUCCCACAGACCCGAACACCAUACAAUGGUUAAAUUAGCUACUAUUUCUGAAUGAAUGUGAAAUGUUAAUAAAGUUUACAAUGAUGAAAAGACUGAUGUUUAUUUAGUAGUUUCCAAGUAGAUAAAAAUUUAAAUCAGAAGCCCUAAAAGACCCAAUAAGUACAAGGACUAGGCUAUUUGUUGCAGAUCUAUUACGUCAGCGUUGCUUUUUUUCUCAUGAACCAUGAGGUAAUAUCUUUUUUUACCGUAAGAACCACUCUACGACAAA